AUGACAAGUAUCAACAGCAAGGCCAGCAGACAGACGGACAUAGCAGAAGGAAUUCGAGGUGAAGAGAAUAUGGGUAUCGUAGAGAUUGUGUUCAGCGGAGAAACGCAACUGGGUAUGUUCCAUCUUUCUUCAUGGGAUCCUUUAAUGUGGAAUCUUAUAACAUCGACAGAGCUGCUCGUCAGAUGGUUUUUGGUCAGGGUGUUAGAGCAUUACUCGGUUGAACCCAAUAAGCGCAGAGAUACCAACAACCACGAUUCAACAGAUGACAACACUUCUGAUAAUGGGGAGCACUACGAAAGUUAUGAGCCAGGUAAUGCAGAAGUUGCUGCCAAAAAUGUUGUGAGUCAACCAAGACCAAGUACUACCGGUGCCUCGACAUCUACAACUUCUACUUCCCGAGUAACAAAUGAAAAUCUUGCUUCCAACUUAAAUCUUCGUAGAAGCCCUCGACUCAUGGGACAUGCUCAAUCUCGGCAUGCACAAAAUGCAAUAUCAAAUCCACAAGGAGUUCAAGUUGGAAGAGGGAGGGGUCGUCCACUUCAAAGUGUUGCAGGAAGAUCCUCAUUCUUGAAUUGUGCGAGAGGCAUUACCUAUAAAGUUGGAUUCAAGAAGUUACAUCUGCCUCCACCAAGCACAUGUCCAAAGUGCCAAGCGAUGAUUUUUUAUCGUGAACCAAAAGGCUUUUGUUGUUCAGAUGGGGAAGUUAUUUUACCAUUUGUUUCACCCCCUAUUGAGCUUUUGGAGAUGUAUGAAGAUCAAACUGAAGUUGGGGAACACUUUCGGAGGUACAUACGACGUUACAAUCAGUGUUUCUCAUUAACGUCAAUUUGGGUGAAUUAUGAUAGAGAAUUAGCUGAUAAUAGAGAAGGUGUCUACACAUUUCGUGUUCAAGGUGAUAUCUACCAUAAAAUAGGCAGUCUUCUACCUCCUGUGGUUGAAAAUGAAACAGACCCUCCAAGAACAGUUCGUCCAAGAUAUAUACAUAUGUAUAUUUAUGAUACAGAUAACGAGAUUAAUUGGAGGAUGGAAGAAGGUGGUGCCGAUCUAAACAGGGAGGUGAUGGAGAAGUUGAGGACAAUUUUGGAUACACAUAAUAGGUUCAUGCAUGUAAUCAGGCCGCUUGCAAAACGAGAAGACAUCCAAAGAUGUAGAUUGGUCAUUAAAGAACAACCUGCAACCAAGAAGCAGUACACGCUUCCAACUGCUUCACAAGUCGCCGCAAUUGUAGUUGAAGGAGAUGGAUUGGACCAGAAUAGUAUGGAUGAGAACGGCAGACAGUUUACAUGCCUUGAGUACUACUCCCACAUGUUACAGAUUCGAAGUCAUGACGCGUCGCUUCUUCUUCGAGGUGGAAGACUACUACAACAAUAUGUUGUGGAUAACUGGGUGAAGAUUGAUUCGUCUAGACUUAGAUGGUUAUCUAAUCAUCAAGAGAAGAUAAGAGCUGAAUUGCAUCAAGGUAUACAAGAUGCACGAAUGGAGGGCGAAACUAGUGCAAAGAAUUUUGGUCAAAGGAAAGUGCUUCCUUCCUCAUACAUGGCCAGACCACCUGACAUGUACCAUCGGUAUCAGGAUGCAAUGACGCUGGUGCAAAAGUACGGUAAGCCCGAUUUGUUCAUUACAAUGAAUUUCAACCCACUUUGGGAUGAAAUUGUGUCCAACCUAAGACCGGGUCAAUCUGCAUCGGAUAUACCCGAUCUGACUACAAGGGUAUUUCGUGCAAAUCUCGAAGAUCUGAAGGAAGAUCUUUUUACCAAGUUAAUAUUUGGCAGAAUAGCUUCCCAUGUGCAUGUUGUUGAGUUUCAAAAAAUGGGUCUUCCUCAUGUUCAUAUGUUGAUUAUAUUGAGAGAUGAGGACAAAUUACAAGGUCCGGAUGAUUAUGAAAAGAUAGUGAGAGAAGAAAUACUUGACCCCGAGGAAGAGCCAGAACUACACGAGUGUGUGAAAAAGUGGAUGAUUCACGGUACAUGUGGUAGUAAGUGCAUGAGAGACGGUAAAUGUAAGAGAAACUUCCCAAAAGAGUUUUCUGAGUGUACUGUGCAAGGAAAAGAUGCAUACCCCGUUUACAGGAGACGUAAUGAUGGGAGACGCGUAGAUAAUAGGAUGUCCGUGCCUUAUAACCCUUGGUUAUUACAUAAGUAUGAUUGUCAUAUAAACGUAGAAAUUUGUAGCAUUGUGGAGAGUAUUAAAUAUCUUUACAAGUAUGUGUACAAGGGUCCGGAUUAUGUAUCUUUUGGAGUGCAACCAGUAGACCAUGACGAGAUAACAAGGUAUAUUAAUGCAAGAUGGGUUUGUGCCCAAGAGGCAAUAUGGAAUAUCUUUAUAUUUCCUCUUUACAAGGACUAUCCUUCGGUAGUGAGAUUACAAAUACACCUUCCCAACCAACAGAGCCUCAGAGGUCCAAUUUCUUUUGAUGAUCUAUUGUUAGUUGACGUAGAGAGAUGCCGAACAUUCAAGAGAGCUGCCGAAAAACUAGGACUCUUAGAGAAUGAUCAGAGUGCGAAAGCGUCUUUGGCUGAAGUAGCAACAGUCAAGAUGUCGUCUGCUCUGGGAAGACAAUUCGCUUCUAUCUUGAACUUUUGGAAUCCAUCGGGGAGUCUGAUUCAAGAGGAGUUGUCGAUUCCUAUAUCCGACGAAGACCUGUCUUCUGUACAAAAGUUGAAUAAAGAGCAGUAUAGGGCCGAUGAUAUAAUCAUGGGAUCAAUUGAGAGAAAGGAAAGUAAAGUCUUCUUCAUAGAUGGUCCCGGAGGUACUGGUAAGACCUAUCUCUAUCGUGCUAUUCUGGCGACUGUCAGGAAAAAUGGUGGUAUUGCGUUAGCAACAACCACGUCGGGAAUAGCUGCUACUAUGCUACCUGAUGGGAGGACAACACACUCAAGGUUUCAACUUCCGAUGACACCAACAUCAACUUCAACGUGUCUUACUAAGAAGCAAACCGAGGAAGCUAAACUUUUGAGGCAUGCUACCGUCCUUAUGUGGGAUGAAGCUACAAUGGAGCAUCGCUACUCUUUGGAAGCAUUUGAUCGGAAGAUGAGAGAUAUCACAGGGGUUGCUGAACCGUUUGGUGAAAAGAUUCUAAUCAUGGGAGGUGAUUUCCGUCAGCGGAUAAUUCGAAAUGACAUUGAAUUACAUUACAUUCUUAACAGAUCACAUUUGUGGGAAAAUGUACAUGUUUUGCAUCUGAAGAAGAAUAUGCGUGCAGCCGAGGAUGCAUCUUAUUAUGAGUUUCUGAUUCGUGUUGGUGACGGGGAUAAACCUUGCGUUGCUAAUGAGAUGAUAAAGGUUCCGGAAGAUAUGGUCAUACCAUGGGUUAGUGAUGCUUCUUUGUCUUAG